GAUAAUGACCGGCAUUCUAUAAAUUAUCCCUUAAUUAUUACUUGGUUCUUCUCAAUGCUGUAGACUACAUUCGUAUUCGGUUGCUAAGCGACGUCAACGACUUUGGUGAAUUAUUUCUCUGCUGAUCAACGCUACGAAUGAUAACAAAUACAUCGGAAAAAGACACACUGUGUGAAGUUAUUUUUUCGAUUUGGCUAGUAGCCAUUACUAAUAAUACCAAUACUCUUUGCCUGGGAUGAUGAGACAUCAGACAAUCAAGUCAUUUUAGCCUGAAUGCAUAGGUAAGAAGCACCAGAGCAGGUUGCUAGUACCAUGGACAGUAUCAGAACGAUAACCUGUUGAACUAAAUGGAUGUGGUAGGCUACACCACGGGAUGCAUCUGCAGACCACUGCCACAUAAAUAAAGACACAGUCCCCCGUCUCCUGGAGAGGCAGGAGCAGCAGCAGCCUACCUAUGUCGCCCUGAGCUAUGUCAACAGACACAGUCCCCCGUCUCCUGGAGAGGCAGGAGCAGCAGCAGCCUACCUAUGUCGCCCUGAGCUAUGUUAACAGGCGGUGCGAGAGAACCAGACUGUGAGGAAGAAGUCUCAGCCCAAGCUGUCCCUCUCCUUGAGCAGCGCUGGGGAAGGCCUGACUCGGAGCCUCCACACACCCGGCACGCCAGCGGCAACCAGUCACCCCACCCAUGAACUCCUCCUCCUCCUACCACAGCAGUACCCCGACAGGUAGCGAGUGUGAUGAGGAGAUGGACUACAAGGACUCAGACAGCAACGAGUCCUGGACCAUGGAGAGCGCCAUCAGUUCUGAGACCAUCCUCGGCUCCAUGGGCAUGAACGGGAAUGUGAAUGGGAUCAAGUACCAUGCGAAGAACGGCCACAGGAACCAGAUCAGGGCACGCAAGCCUUUCAAGUGCCACUGUGGGAAGAACAAUAAGGCGUCUCAGGGCCUCCGGCAUCACACCAUCCACUUCCACCCGCCGCUCUCAGCUGACAUCAUCUGCAAGAUGUAGCAGUGAGGUGGAGAAGGUGGAACCAGCAACCACCUGACACAAAAUCACCAGCCACCACAGGCAACCAACUCUCUCUUUCUCUCUCUGGCCUCGGUUAUGCUUGUCUUUUAAGUGAGACUUUUGUGAUUAGAUCUCUCCAGGAUGGGUAAGGCCUAGCUUUCGGGCACUCUCAGAUCAGAUCUAGGUCGCAUUUUGAUCGAAUAGGCAGGGUUGCAUAUGGUUUGGCUCACACUUAAAUAUUUGGUAACAACAGAUAACUCUGUAAGCCCCCUGCCCUGAAUGCAUAAAACAGGAAAGCAUGUUGCAAGUUUGUUUCAUAAUCAAAAAUUAAUAAACAUUUGUAUAGCCUACAUGA